AAGUUGCAACAAGUGGGUGCAGCUGCAGCUGUGUUGCUUUGUGGUCACACAGGGGAAGGAGGAAGAUGCUGCUUCAACCCCCCUGGUGCAAACUCACUUCCUCAAAGAGGAAGGGAGGGGAGAGAAGAGAGGCAGAGAGAAAGAAGGAAGCCAUCUUGAGUCUUUUGUGACAUGUCUGCCUUCUUUAUGCCAUCUUCUCGCUGGUGUCUUCAGAGGAGGCCUGUGGACUGAGAGACGAGGAAGAAGAGAAGAGAGUGGUUGGAGAGAAUCAAACUGUGGAGGACUGGCUUCCAGCAGAGGAACAGCGGACUGAAGAACUGAGCAUAAAAACCAGAGAGAUCCUUGGGGUUUAAUCCUGUGACCCUCAGAUGUUGGUCUCCAGUCAGUAGGCCGUGAAAGUGUUGGCUUUGACAUCAGCUGGACAGAAGUUGUGUCUUUGAGGGUCGAGGAGACGUAAGGUGGACGCAGGAUGAGUUUGGUGCCCUACAUGUCAGAUGUGAUGGUGUGGAACCCACAGCAGCUGGCAGACUAUCUGAAGCGGAUGAACCUCCCCGGCUGUGAUAAAGUUGUGCUGAAGAACUCCAUCAACGGCUCCAGAUUUGUGAAUCUGACAGAUAACGACCUCCAGAAAUUCCCAAAGCUUCACGCUCCGAUGAUCUCUAAGCUCAGCAGUGAAAUCCACAAGAAUGUGAAGAAAAGAGGCCUCUUUGUUAAAAAACCCCCUCCCAAAUACAACGAACCAGCAGAGAUGAACGCUGAUGGAGGAUGGGGUGAAGACGAGUUUGAUGAUGAAGAGUUUGAUGAUGACUACGAGAGUCCGUACAGCGAUGAUGAAGACGACAGAGACUACGAGUCCCCGAACGAGGAACAGGACCCGGGUAACGACUACGAGCCUCCUCCUUCUGAACCUGCAGAGGACCUGACUCACAAACUGUGCCCCUCUCAGCCUAUUGGGGACGGUGAUUACAUCGAUAGGAGGGACAACAACAUGUCAACCAGAGACCCGCCCCCUGCCCUGUGUCCCCGCCCCCCCAACUCAACUCUCUCUGCACCCACGGGCCGGAUGCCUGGAGAAUCACUGUCCAGAAGAGACCCAUCCCCCCAUGGAGCUGGACGACCACCAGGAAACUUUCCCUCAGGGCCACCGAAGGUGUGUCGCGACAGCAAACCUGGCCGUGAUUCGAGAAACACCAGCUCCCCCGUCAGAGGACCUCAGUACAACUCCGCAGACAGACCUGGUGCACAAUCCUGGAGGCCCAAGCAGGAUGCCUCUGAUCCCCCCAGGUCCAAACCUCCUGGUCUUCCUCCAUUCUCCUCCUCAGUGAACAGGAGCAACUCUUCUGCCAGAGGAGCACCACCCAGCAGGUUUGAUGGACACAGAGAGCAAACACAAGAUGUUCCUAAACACAAUACGUUCCCUCUUCAUAAAAGUCUGCCGCCCCGCCCUGGGAUCCCCGGACCUGUUCCACAGCAGGCCAGCUGCAGUUUGCCCCCCAGCAUUCCUUCUUCAGCCUCUCUGCCUCACAAACUUCAGUCUGCCAUAGCAGAACACAGAGGCAGCAUGGUGGGGUCCAGUCGUCCUCCUGCAGCUGCUGCCACUGGGGUUCUGGACCCUCAGUGGUAUGUUGGUAAAGUGACCCGCGGUCAGGCUGAAGGAUGUCUGAAACAGGUCGACAAGGACGGGGCGUACCUGGUAAGGGACAGCACCCGGCAGCAGGCCAACCAGCCCUUCACUCUGAUGGUCUUCUACCAGGACAAAGUCUACAACAUCCAGAUUAGGCAGCAGAACCAGCAGUUCCAACUGGGAACUGGACUCAAAGCCCAGGAGUUUUUCCCAUCAGUCAGUGACAUCAUCAGCCAUUACUCCCAGUCCCCUCUGGUCCUGAUUGAUGCUAAAAACAGGAGCUCCAGCCAACAGAACCAGUGUCUGCUGUCGGACCCGGCUGCAUACUAUAUGACGGGACAGAACUGGUCCUGACAGACUGAACCAGACCUAACCCACAGGGAGAAUAUAGAUGAAUGUUUACUUCAAACGUCAGACGAGUAGAAAAUGUUCCAUCUUUGCACAUGCUGCUUUCUUUUGUUUGUUCUUUCUUUUAUUUUCUAGUUUUUAAGGAAUAUUGUUUCUGAAAUAUUUGAAUGUUUUGUUGACAGUUCGUGUUGGAUCUCUCUCAUAUGGACCCAACAAAGAAACUAUAAGUUUAAAACUACAGCAGAGUUUUAUGUUCCUCAUACCUCCCAACCUUUAAUUCAGCUUCUCUUUAUUUCAGUGUAAAUCUGUCAGUUUGCCGCUCAGCUGAUCUCAUUAAAACAUCAGGAAACAUCA